AUGUUGACAAUCUCGAAAGACGUGUGCGAAAAGUGGGUCGCCGAUGAAUUGCAAUUAGAGAUUUAUCGCGAAUUGAUGAAUUUGGAAAUAAUUACCGAACUUGUAAGAGAAUACAAGCCUCAUUCUCGUUCAAUUGAAUACUUGCAGAGUGUAACCGCUGCAGCUCACGUUCUUUUACAAUUGCUUGAGAAUUAUGCGAAAUCAAAUAAAUAUAUGGAUUAUAAGAAAUCGCGACCUCGGAUAAGGAAGAAUGAAACGAGUCAUACAACCGAAGACAAUUUUGGUUCAAAAGUUGCCAACGACGAGCAUGACGAGAGUAGCGAGAAUGAACAAAAUCAAAAUAUUAAUUAUAAAGCCAUAUUUUAA